UGCGCUUGUCUUGCAAAAUGGAAGAAGCAAAUUGAUGUGUUCAGGUUGAGGGUUUUUAAGGGAAAUUUUGUCCAAUGGAGAAUUUGAGUGCUAGUUAAUUGAGCACUCUUGUGGCUCAAGAAAUGCGUAAUUCGGAAGAGGGUUUUACGUUUGGCGAUUUCACAGCUGAAGAAUGGGAAAAAUACUUCAGUAAUUCAUUAGCUCAAAUUGGAAAUAUACCACCGGUUGAGUUUCUCUUCAACUUUAAUUACUCAGAUGACGAGGAACGAGGCGAUAAUUUUUUAGCUGGUGACUCCUCAACACAUGUCUCAUCAAAUGACAGUUCUGCGGCAGCUAAAAAUGUUACGGCAGGUCUUGAAGACUCAGGUGUUGAAGUGGGACAAGAAAGUGAACAGGAAACAUCUACAGGAAAAUUGGCGAAAACAACAGCUGGUACAGGUGAUUGUUUACCAGAAGCAAAACAGAAACAAGUCAAACAAUCAUCAGAGAAAACCAUACAAAGUAGCUCUGAACAUAUUGUUUUUGGUGGAAACAGCAUCAAAGAGCAUGAACAAGAUGUGAGGCAAAGCAAACCUGAAAGUCCCUCAAGAACUUCAGCAGCUGAUGUUGACCACUUCCCUCCCUUGUCAUUAACAGUGAACACCCAGAGAGCAGUGGAGAAGACAGAGACUGAAAGAUCACGUAAACGGCGCAAGCGAAGGAGACAGAGAAAGAGGUCUGGAUCUGUGUCCAGCUCUUCUAGUGAAUGUAGUGAAAAGGAAAGGGCUUCAGUUAAUUCCAAUGGCUCUGGGCUAAAAGGAAAAGCUGUGGCAUCUUUACCUACUACAGAUAAAGUUGUUCUCAGUGAUGAUGUUAAAGAAGCUUCAAAAGUACAGGUAAAUGUUUUGAGCGCAAGGUUAAAGGAGCAAAAAUCCGAUGCUCUCUCUAACACAGACAAAAGAACAGCUGUACAGAGAAAAAGCACAAGUUCUUGCGAUGGAGACACUGUGGAAGAAAGGAAGAGUUCUUUAUCAACAGAAGGCACAUCAAACAGCCCUGUUUACAGUGACACAGACAUUAAAGUUACAGUUUCCAUCAACACUGCACAAGAUCCCUUAAGCUCUAAUCAAACCUAUAAAAACCUGGAAAAAGAACAUGAAGGUUCCAUCCCAGUGGAUCAGAGUGUAAAAACAAGUGGUGCACCAGAAGAAAUCACUGGCAGGAAAGAUCAGCCUCCAAAGCCUUCAUCAUGGGCAGACUUGUUCAAAAACUCUGCAAAACCAUUACCUGGUAUUGUUGUUAAAACAGUAAGUCCUGUUGUGAGAAAUGAAAUGCAAACAACUUCAAAUCCUAAAAAGACAGAUGAUACAUUACAGAUACCAGUUACUGUGGAAGAGGACAAGUUUGCCAAGAAAUUUGCAGAAAGUAUUCAAAGACAAGAGUUACAGUACAUCCAAAAACCUUACAUUCCAAGAGGACUGAUCAACAGAGGGAACUGGUGUUACAUUAAUGCUACUCUUCAAGCUCUGGUGGGGUGCCCACCAUUUUUCAACCUACUGAGACAAUUGCCUUUACUAAAGGAAAGAGGUCCAACAUCAACACCUAUUUUGGACAGUCUAAUAGUCUUUAUGAAUGAGUUUAAGGAGACAAAGAUAAAACCAGGUGGCAGUUCUCCUUCUUCAAAACCUGAGUUUAACACUGGAGAACAAUUUGAACCUGUAUAUGUAUACAAGAUGUUAGCGAUCAUUCAGAGCUCACUCUCAGUUAAGGGCCGACAGGAGGAUGCUCAAGAGUUUCUUAGCUGCAUUUUAAACGGAUUACAUGAAGAGAUGCUGCAGCUUGCAAAGAUAAUAUCAAAACCGCUGAAAGCCCCAGAGAGAGAUGUUGACUUGCCAUUGAAGGCUGAAGACUCGGCAGAUGAUGAUGAACCUAAAGCUGAGGAGCAGGAAGAUGAAGGGGACUGGGAACAAGUCGGACCCAAAAACAAAUCCAUGGUGACUAGAAUGGCAUCGUACCCGCAGUCACUGAUAUCGGAGAUGUUUGGCGGUUUUCUGCGCUCGUCAGUUCACCAAGCUGGAUUGAAGGACUCUGCUAAUGUAGAACCUUUCUUCGAACUUCAGUUGGACGUGCAGACUGUUACAUCCGUUGAAGAUGCCUUGAAGAGCCUGGCUUUGAAAGAAGAAGUACAAGGUUACACUUGUACUAAAACUAAAGUACAGGUUGACAUUUGCCGACGUGUGACCCUCGAAGGGCUCCCUAAAGUCCUCAUCUUGCACUUGAAGAGAUUUAUUUACUCCAAAUCUGGCAGCCAAAAGCUAACAAAGGUAGUUGAUUACCCCUUGGAGCUCACCAUUGGAAAAGACCUGCUAUCUUCGAACGUAAAGAAUAAGUACUCUGCUUCUCAAAAGAACUAUAAGCUUUUCGCCGUUGUGUACCACCAUGGAAAAAAUGCAUGGGGUGGCCAUUACACGAGCGAUGUCUGUCACCCAACACAUGGCUGGAUUAGAACAGACGACACUAGGCUUAAAGUCGUGCCAGUAAACUACGUUCUCAAACCCACACAGGGAAAAGAUCCAUACAUGCUUUUCUAUCGAAGAACAGACCUCAUGCCUUGAAGUAGGCGAGGCAGAGAAGGGAAGGGGGUAGUGUCUUUAGAACAGUAAUUCUCGUUUACACUGUUAAGUUUUCCUUGGCAUGUUCUCUAAGGUCGAUUGGAAGGGAAAACAUAACUUUUUGGUUGACAAAAUUCAUGAGGGAACACUGAACGCUUGCUCGCCAACAAUAUUCACCACGGGCUGGAAGAUUUAUCAAGGAUGGAAUAUUCGGAGGGAAAUGCCACUCAAAACCAUGUUUGCCCGUGAAUUAGGGUUGACUGAUAAAUUUUCUUUGCUCGCGUAUGGAGUGACUGUGUGUUCUUGCCAGGCCAAGGGAAAAUUACUCGUGUAAAUUUGGUUGAACGUUUUAGACAUGUUAAGUUAUCUUCAUAUCAUGAUUUGUCUCGUAAUGCCUCUAUGGAUUGCGUAACGCACCAAAGAACGGCUAACUGGAUAGCCUAAGAGUAAGUUCGAUGAUCUUUUUUAGGAGGCACAAGUAGCCAUUUAGGGUUAGAAAACAAAAACUUACACCUAAUCAAGAGAACGUCAAUUGCGCAGUGUGUUAUGGGAAUAACACACUGCGCAAUUGACGUUCAUAACAGUAACGCCGAGAUGAAUAGUUGUUUAAGUAAAUGCUAAAACAGUGAAGUAAUAUAGCACAAAGAGAUGACUUUAAAUUAUAUAUUUUUGCAACGAUUACGUUAUUUUCGGGCGCAAAUUCCUCACGGGUUGAUUUGAAGUGAAUAGCAAUACGGAGUUUGAGUAGCCAAUCAGAGCGCACCUUCAACGCUAUCCACUGUUUUAGUACAUACUAAAGAGGCUUAUCACGGUCGCAACCAAACAUACAAACGCCCGCUAAGUUCGAACAAAUUUCUCUGUGAUCUCGUUUCGUAUAGAAAUAAGGGACUAGCGAAGACUUCUAACGUAUACUCCGAAGGUUGUUCCUGGUGAGUUUUGUGAUAAAUAUCUCUACUACUCUUCAAGAAAAUAUAGAAUUUAUCCACGGCGCUGUAAACAACCGGGCGUAAAUACCUGUAUGAUUUGGAGCCAUAUCUUCUUGACAAAAACUUCUCAAAAAAAUUUGAAAAAAAAAACGUUAGGUGUGAGGUUUAGACCAAUGUUACUAAAAGUCCUUUGUAGAUGCUGUAAGAGACAAGUAAAGGAAAAAUAGGGCGAAGCGAAUGUAAGACAUUGGCAAAACUACGAUACGUUGGAAUAGAAAUAGGAAACGGAAAUAGUCAAUAAUUUUUUUUGGUUGAUGUGUAAUUUCGUAAGUGAAUUGAAAAGGAUGACUGAAAUGAAGAUUAAAAAACCACCAUGGAUGAUGAAAUGUGGAUACGGAGAUUUAAAAUGAAAGAUGGCAUUUGUAACUGUGGAAAAUACAUCUAAAUGUUUGCGAACAAUCUCGACUAAGUUUUAAGACAACUCUACUGCCUACAGCUAGAGGCUAGAAAAGGAUCUGAUGGUUGAUUGAAGGAAAAAAUUAUGCCGACACUCGGUAGGAAAUGACACACUCUGAAACUGCCUCCCGAGGUUCUGUGAAUGCUCGGAAAGCUGCACUAGUGACUGUAAUUUUAGUUACUCACUUCGGCAUUAAAAAGUCAUGAAGCAAAGAUGUUUGGCGACAACCUAAUGUGGAAUGCAGUGAUGACUUGCCAGAGACUUUUCUUAAAUUAAAAAUUUAAUGUCGGGAAGGAAAACAUGUAAACAACCGGUCGCACACGUUCUUGCUGAGGUGAACCAUUUUUGUGUCACUGUGAUAAAAGUCUAAACACCUAAUUCUUAUUUGUGACUAGAAUAACGAACGAGCAGUGCAUAAAACACGAGAGUCAUUCAAAGAAAAAUAUUUUCAGGUGUAAUUAAGUCUCUAUUGAGUUUGGUGUUAAAGUAUUUGCUGAUCUUCGCUAUGAAGGUCAUUUAGAAAAAUGUUUACCAUCUAAAAUCCGAAGAAGUGGUUAUAUUUGUUGUUAACAUCAAACAGCAGUCACAUUUGGACACACAGAGCAAACGCAAUGAGCCUACCAGGAACUUGGAAGAAUAACAUGCUUUUAGUGCAAAGUGUGGGGAGAUAAUUUAGAAGGGGCUUACCUGGUGUUAAUCAAGUUUUUGUACUGGUUUGAGUGGAAAGAAAUGCAUUUUCUCUGGGAUAAUACGUCUUUGUGAGGCCUACGUGUCAAAGUGUUACUACGCUUUCAACGUUAUCCAUGUCACAACUUUCAAUGAUUUUUGACUGAAUAAAUGAUUCUUUUGAGAGACCAUGGCCUGAAA